AUGCUGAGCAGGAUUUUCUUCGCUUGUGUUUUUCUCGGUCUGUUCUGCGCAUGCUCCCCGCUUAGCUGCAGGUGGAUGGACCAUAAAUUCAGACAGUACAGCGAAAACGCAUUAAAUCUUCUGGAUGUGAUGGCUAAUAACGGCACCAACAGCACAGAGGAUGGAGAGCAGACACAUGAGGCCUUCCCUUAUCAUCUGUACAGCCAGGCGUCCAAAGCAUCAGCUGAGGGUAAACUUUCCUUCACGGUUCACAUCCUGAGGGAGGUUUCUGCUCUGUUUGAGGAAGAUUACAGCUCUUCAUCGUGGCAGGAGAUCACAGUGGAGCACUUUCUCAACGUUGUCAACAAACAGGCGGAUGAACUUCACUCCUGCAUCGGGGCUCCGGGCCACAUGAAGAAGAGGAACACCAAGCUUCACUUGUAUUUCAAGAGGCUGUCAAACGAAAUCCUGAAGCAAAUGGGCCACAGUGCUGAAUCCUGGGAGCUGAUCAGGAGAGAAAUAAAGGUCCAUCUCAUCAGAGCGGACCGCCUGGUUUCUUCUCUGCUCACCUCCAACUGAAAUCUCGUUUUUACGGCUGUCACAUAGAUAAUGUUUUAUUUAUUUACUAAUUUAUUUGUCACAUGAAAUUAAUCUUAAUUUAUCAUGAAAGUAUGUAUUUACUUAGCUAUUUAUAUAUAUUUUUUAUUUAAUGUGUUCACUCUUGGCUAAACUGUUAUUUCCUUCAUCGGCCUCUUUUUGUAUAAAUAAAGAUGUUUGAAUAUACAAAAACAAAUUAAUGGGUAUGAUUCACUCAUU